GGAGAUUUUGGAUCGAUUUGAGUCUUCUUUCGACUGCAGACGAGUUUGCAUAGAAAAGUUCACUACGUAUCGCGAUUAGCAUACUAAAUCGCGCAUCUUUACUCAAUCCCUUCAUACCACCAGAAUCCUGUAGCGACAACAAGAAACCAAUACACAAUGGCAAAGACAGCAAAGGUCAAGAAGCGCCCGGUGACCAUCCACUCCCGCGCCGCCCGUCGCGCCGUCUCCCCCUCCCUCAACCUCGACAAAGCCGCCCAAAAACCCGCCCACACAACCCGCGACUCCGCCUCGCCAUCGCGGCCCUCCAAAGUAAACCCCCACGCCCUCGCCGCAAAAGAUGCCGGCAUCCAGAAGAAGCAGAAGAAAGGCACAAACAUGACCCGCGCACAACGGUUACGUUACCAAAAGGGCCUUGAGCGUGCGGAGGAGAACAUGGAGAAACUUGAGAAGAAGCGGAUCAAGAGUGUGGGCAAAGAACAGAAGAUCAAGGAUAGGGCUAAGGGCUGGGAAGAUGUCAAUGGCGAUGGCACGAAGAAGACGAAGAAGCAAGUUGCGCUUGAGCAGUUGGAGGCGGAGGAGAAGAGGAAGGAGAGGGAGUGGGUUAGUGAUGAGGAUAUGGAUGAGGAAGAGGCAGUAGUCGAGGGAGGUGAUGAGGUCAAGGGCGAUGGCAAGGAGGUGGAUGUUGAGAUCUCGCAGAGUAUCCCGGCGCCUGUGGAGGAAGAGGAGAUGCUUUGAGGUAGAGAGAGAAAGAAGGCUCGAACACAAAAGUCACGAAGCAUAUGAUACCCAAAAAUUACGAAUUGAUACGUUGGA